CCAAAAUUAAAUAAUUGCAAAUAGACUCACCCCUUAUAUGAAUUUUAGUUUAUUGCUUAUUCAAAUAUGACCUUCUCAUCUUUUUCUCGUUGUUUGGUUCAUAUAAAGAAAUCAGUUAAGCUUGAUUUGCAGCUGUGCAGGUGGAUCAUGCUUUGCAUUUGGUCAACCAGAUUCAUGUAAAGAAAUCAGCUAAAUGUAAAUGGAAGUAUCUAAUUUAUAUACAAUGAAGGCUGUCGGGAUUCUACUUGCUCCCUGACACCAGGCAUCCCAAUGAGAGUUGUCAGACAGUCUCCUUAUUAAUUGGUAUGCAGAAUUAGAGAGAGAAUAAGAACAAUUACAUGCAUGUUCUUAUCUGUGAAGCAAAUGCAGCUUCAUCCCCUUGUGGAUAUAUUUUAUUGGAGUUGGUUCGGAUUCUGGACAUGAAAACUAAGCAGGAAACAACUCUAUCAGGUACCAAUAUUAAAUGAUUUCUUAUUUUCAUUAUCUUAAUUGAAUAAUUUGAUGGAUGGACACAAGCUCAAUGCUAUAUAAUUUGAUGCUGAUUUUUUGCCUUGGAAAUGGAAUCUUUUGGCACAUAAUUUGUAUGACAAUAUAUAUACAUCAUGAAUUUAUUUAAUCAGAAUGCUUCAUCACAACACAACAUGACAGCCAAUUUAGAUCAAGAUCAAGAAGCUGAGAUGUCUAAGUUCUAUUAUUGGUCUUCUAUAUAUAAGACGUUCAAUGUGAUGGCCUAGACAAUAACCAAGGUCUAAGACGUUCUGUAAAUAUCUUCUUGAUAGCCUUUCUUGUGCAGAAUAAAUUAAAAAUGGCUACUUGUCAUCUUCGUUCAAUCAGUUUACCAUCAAGAUCUCAUCCUCUAACAGUAAGCAUCGAGGAGCAACUGUACAGGUUGAAGGCAUCACAAUCCUCAUCAAUAGGGCAGAAACUAAAUGGCCUAAAAAAUUUGUUCGAGUGUGUUGAUGAUUUGCUUCAAUUGCCAACCACCCAACAAAAUCUAAACAAGUCUGGAGAGAAUGCAUUAAAUGGAUUGGAUAUGUGUGACGCCACAAGAGACUUUUUCUCACAGUUGAAGGAAUGUGUGCAGGCACUUGAAUUAUCUCUCCGGAGAAGAAAAGGCGGAGACAUUUGCUUGAUAAGCGAAGUUGAUGCAUAUAUGUUAUCUAGAAAGAAGUUGAACAAACUGAUUUGCAAGUCUCUGAGAAAUUUGAAGAGAAAGGAGAGGAAUUGUUCACCAGCAGCAUUGGACAGUAACUCGAACACGAUUAGCAUGCUAAGAGAUGUCGAGGAAAUUAGCGUUUCGGCGUUCAAAUCCAUCUUAUCUUUCAUUUCUGAGCCAAAGGCAAAAUCAAAGUCCUCUAUAAUCUCAAAAUUAUUGCAAUCCAAGCGCGAUUCAUGUGAAGUUGAAGUCAAUGAAGUAGAGAACAUUGAUACUGAGUUGCUUGUCCUAAAAUCAAGCAAAGACAUCAAACAUUUGCAAGUUCAAAACGUUCUGAAAGGAUUGGAGUCAUUGGAGUCGAGCAUUAAAGAAGCAGAGGAGGAACUUGAGUGCAUAUAUAGGCAAUUGGUGAAAACCAGAGUAUCCCUUCUCAAUAUUCUGAAUAAUUAGUGUUCUUUCCAUGAACUCCCUCACAAUUUUGUAACAUACAAUUUUGAUCCAAUUGUACAUAUAUAUACACAAAAUGAAAACCAAUACCAAUAUACUCAAAUUGAGUGCAUUUCCAUCAAUUUGCACCAAUUUAUCUUGAUCUUGGAUAAUCUUGA